AUGAGCGGCACGAGCACGCCCGAGCUGCGGCAGCCGCAGAGCCAGCGGGUGAGCGACCGAAUCGCCCAGCUGUCACCGGACCAGCCGUUCUACACGUUCGAGGUCUUCCCGCCCAAGACCGACAUCGGCCUCGCCAACCUCGUCGACCGCAUCGACCGCAUGUCGUCGCUCAACCCGACCUGGAUGCACGUGACGUGGGGCGCAGGCGGCUCGACCCAGGCGAGGUCGCUCGAGCUGGCCGGCGCGAGCCAGGGCAUGGGCCUCGAGACGUGCCUGCACCUGACGUGCACCAACCUCGAGGAGGGCGUGCUCGACAAGACGCUCAAGCGGGCAAAGGAGCUCGGCGUCGUCAACUUGCUCGCCCUCCGAGGAGAUCCUCCACGCGGCGAGGAGUACUGGACCGCGUCGAGCGACAUGUUCCAGCACGCGACCGACCUCGUGCGCCACAUUCGCAAGGAGCAUGGCGACGCGUUCUGCAUCGGCGUUGCGGGUUACCCCGAGGGCCACGCCGACUCGCCCGACAAGCUGGCCGACAUCGAGUACCUGUUCGAGAAGCAGCAGGCCGGCGCAGAUUUCGUCGUCACGCAGCUCUUCUACGACGUCGACGUCUUCAUGAAGUGGUACAAGGCGUGUCGAGACCGAGGCAUCACGAUCCCGAUCCUCCCGGGCAUCAUGCCCAUCCAGAACUACCUGUCGUUCCGCCGCAUGACCAACUUGUGCGGCACGCACAUCCCCGACGACAUCAUGGCCGACCUCGAGCGCAUCCAGCACGACGACGCCGCCGUCAAAGACUACGGCGUUCGCCUGUCGGUCAAGAUGAUGCGCGCCCUGUUCGACGAGGGCAUUCGCGGCUACCACCUGUGCACGCUCAACCUCGAGAAGAGCGUCACCCGCGUGCUCGAGCUGCUCGAGUGGGUCGAGCCGGACGCGACCCGCCACAAGCCUCGACUGCAUCGAACGCUCGCCCCGAACGGCGCGCCGUUGCCCAAGGUCGUCAACUCGCUCCGCCCUCGCCCCGACUCGAGCCAGAGCGUCGCAGGGCCCGACAUUGCGCGCAAGGACAGCCCGGCGAGCUGGGACGAGUUCCCGAACGGCCGGUUCGGCGACGCGCGCAGUCCUGCGUAUGGCGAGAUGGACGGCUAUGGCGUCAGCCUCAAGCUCCCUCCUGGCGAGGCGAUGCGCCUGUGGGGCGAGCCGACUUCCCUCCCCGACAUCUCGCGCGUCUUCUCGUCGUACCUGCGCGGCACGCUCCCGUCGAACCCGUGGUCCGAGGAGCCGCUCCGGGCCGAGACGGCGACGAUCUCGGCGCACCUGAUCGAGAUGAACGACGAGCGGCACUGGUGGACGGUCGGCUCGCAGCCCGCCGUCGACGGCGCACCGAGCGCCGACCUCGUUCACGGCUUCGGCCCCAAGGGCGGCUACGUGUACCAGAAGGCGUUCGUCGAGUUCUUCCUCACCGGCCCCGAGCUCGACGAGCUCGAGCGCAAGAGCGCCGAGGACGCGCGCGUGCGCAGGGAGUCGGGCGAGGGCGACGACGCGCUCGUGACGUGGUUCGCCGGCAACGCGCAGGGCGAGCACCGCAGCAACAUGGCCAAGGGCGACGUCAACGCCGUCACGUGGGGCGUCUUUGGCGCCAAGGAGAUCGUCACGACGACGCUCAUCGAGGAGAUGAGUUUCCGGGCUUGGUGUGAGGAGGCUUUUGCGUUGUGGCGAGAGUGGUCGCUCCUGUACGCCGUCGCGUCGCCGGCUCGCGCCUUCCUCCGCAACGUCACCGAGACGCGCUGGCUCGUCUCGGUCGUCCACCACGACUACAAGGACCGCGACGGGCUGUGGAAGUGGCUCCUCGCGCUCAAGACGCCGCAGCAGGACGAGGCUUGAGCGGCGCUCGAGCGUGCGAGCGUGCGAGCGUACUCGGGCGCCGCGAGCUGGGCGGUCGACGGACGAGGUUGUUGUUGCGCUACGCUGUCUCUCCUUCUCAUCUAGACUCUCUUGUCGUAGCAGUCCGACCUGCAACCCGCACCCG